AGUUUUAUUUACAAAAUGGACGAAUUUAAAGCCUGUAAUCUGGACUUUUUUCCUGAGAACAUUUUAUUAGAUGUUUUAUCGUACUUGAGCGUUAGAGAGCUUGUCAAAGUUGGGAGAGUGUGUAAGAGGUGGAAACGCCUGGUUAAAGACCAAAGACUGUGGAGAACUGUUGAUUUGACAUCAUGGAAAGGGGUGACGUCUCGCAUCCUUUGGGUCCUCUUGCGCCAAUACCUAGGUUGCGGACUAAGGAGCCUUCGCUUACGGGGUUUGCUGCUCUCUGCUCGAGGUGGCACCUUUCUCUCCGAGCCUUGGCUCAAGGCAUUGUCCACAAAAUGUCCACGCCUCAGUAAGCUCUAUCUUCUCCAUUCAGAUUUGAGAAGCUUACCUAGCUGCCAGAUCUUGCCUCCAUCUUUGAGAGCGCUGGAGCUGUGUAGUUGUGAGCUGCCUCGAGAUUUUUUCAGCCAAAGCCUGUCCACUUCAUCUGCUCAUCCUCAUGAUGGAGCAGAAGCCACAUCAAGUGCUUCACAGAAAGGAAGGGAUAAGAAAAGCAAAGGACUUGGCUCGUCUUCAGGAAUUGGUAUUGAGAAGUUGGUCCUUAACAACGUGCCCUCUUUUACAGACCAGCACCUUCAGAGUCUAACAUCAUGGGAAAAGCUGAGUCGACUGGAGUUACGCAACACCUUUCGUGUAACAGCUAACGGGCUUCAAAGCUGUGCAGCUAAGGAUGACCUCUCAGGCACGAAAGGGCUUUCCAGACUCAAAUUUCUUGAAAUAGGUAUUACAGGACGACAAGGCUACCAGUUACAGAUGGCCUGCCUUGGAUUGGGGGCAGGGUGGAUUGGACUUGAGGAGCUGAGUCUUGGUGGUAAAGAAGUGGGGCCAGGCUUGCUCUGUGCCAGCCGUCUGAAGGACCUGAAACAUCUUCGUCUUUGGGGCUGCACGCUCAGCGAGUUGCAGAUUGUUCGGAGCUGCAGGAUGCUCCGUGGACUUCGCCAGUUGGAGUUUUUAGAUGUGAUUUUCCAGCCACGACAGAUUCCACCCAUGGAGGAGGGCCAAGGAGAUGGCGAUGAACAGCAGGACCAAGAGGAAGGUGCAAGUGCAAAUGCUAAUGAUGAAAAUGAGACACAGGAUGGGAAUGACCCAUUUCCAAGUCUACGGCGAUCGCUGGCCGUCCUGCUGCCGGCCUGCAUUCUGGUUUUCACCAACUGUACUGUUCAGAACAAUCCAGACUGAAUAUGGGCAUAAAUUCCCUUUAUGGGGCAGAUGUGGUUCAAAAGUAAGAAUUAUUGUUUGACUGAAAAGUCAACUCUGCUUAUCUAAAUCCAUAUAUUGAAGUGUCCUUGAAGAAGAAACCAGAUGCAACCGUUGUGUUUACUGUAAUUCAUGUGUGUAUGAUAAAGGUUUAAUGUGUUUUUAAAGGAAGGCAUAUUUAUA